CAAUGCAGCACCAAGCUCUACGAACUGUGACGCCUUCGCGCCCCAGACUAACAGUCCAUCUUUAGUGACAGUUUCGCUAUCGACAUUGCCAGUUCCGUCGCGGUGUCCUUAUACCUUCCAUCGACUUCCGGAGUUACGCCGAGUUCGCGCCUGCAUACUUUCGGCGGUGGAUUAAAGGGAAUCGUAUCGAAUAUCGAUGACGUACGCGCGUCGCAAAGUGUCAAUGUGUUCUUUUUCGGAAAAUUAACGAGAUUGAUUCCGCGCUAACUAAUCGCUGAUAUACAAUCGAUCAUUGUUUGGAAAUGAUGCUGAGAAUGACAUGGUGAUGCGUGCGACCAUCUAGUGCGAUUUUCGCGGCGCAAUUACGCCGGAUAAACGCGGCGCACGGAUAUUACUAUCAAAUAGAGAAGCAGUGAGUGAUUAUUACCUCGUGGAUGCUGACGGAAGUUGAGCAGCUCGAUUUUUUCGAUCGAGUUUGCGGCCGCGUAGAUGGGUGUCUGCGCUGUGAGAGGUGUUUAUCGGGAAAAAUAUAAAUCGAGAUGGGAUCGUGAGCUGCGACUAUAAUGAUGGCAUAUAUUCGUUGCACGAUAUCGGGAUUAGUUGCGCCUCGAGACUCGCUCACGAUACCAUUAUCGUCGGAAAAAUGAUAGCGUCGCGCGCUGCGUGCAUGAAGUGAUAAAAUUGAUACAGUUCUGUUCUUUUUUUUGCGAUGCGGCAAAACAUUCGCUUUACAGACUGAGGAAUUUCUCGAGGACAACCGCGAACUCUUUCUUGUAGCAUCGCUUGAAUAAUACUUGUUGCGUAACGAGAUAUAAGGAUGCGAGAGUGUUAAAAAAAGUCGCGCAUUUUUGCGAUUGCUUGAACUAUUAUAUAUACGCAGUGACAUCGAAAGCGAUGCCUAGUGAUCACGCGAACACACAUCAACAUUCCAUUUUAUGUCUUCCGUUGAGUGUGUUACGAGCUAAAAGAAAAUACAACAUCCGCCGAAUGGUUCGGUACGUGUAAUAUCUACACUCGGUGUAUUGGUACACCGUGGCAGAGCGAACAAUGGGUAUGAUAAGAGCAGAGGCUAAGUAGCUAAGGCUGCAGGUACAGGAACGGUGAGGGCGCGAGGGGAAGAUUGGAGAGAGGCGCGCGGCGGACAGAAAGCGAGAGUGAACGCGAGGGAGACAGGCACGGAAGGCAAACAGAGAGGGAAGAUCCGAGGGGAUCGGCUAUUGUGACAAAGUCACGGGGGAGAAGUGUGGAGUCGUACAAAAAAUGAGGGAGCACGGUCUGUCGGAUGUGUGGCGGCUGGUGUGGUUGCUCUGCCUCGUUUUAGCGAUGGGUUUAUCGCAAGUAUCGAUGGUCUGUCCGACCCACAGCGAUAUCACGCCCUGUUACUGCAACAUGAAAAAAUCCGGCCUGGACAUUGUGUGCGAGAUCACCGACAUGCAACACAUCACCAAGGCCAUGUCCGUGCUUAAGGGUAGACCGAACAUCGUGAUAUUCUACCUUAGACUUAGGCACAACAACCUGCCGAAAUUGCAGGGAUACGUGUUCCUCGGGCUCGACAUACGCCACCUCACCAUCCAUAAUAGUAGCCUAGCGGUGCUCGAGGAAUCCUCCCUUAGUUCUCUCGGAACGGGAUUGACACAGUUGGAUCUUUCCCAAAAUUCGCUGAGUAGUGUCCCAUCCCACGCGUUGCGAGACCUUCACCAUCUUCUGAUUUUGAAUUUAAAUCGUAACAAAAUCGCAGCUAUUCACAACAAGGCUUUCGAAGGUCUCGAUACACUUGAAAUCCUAACGCUUUACGAAAAUAAAAUAUCUAGUAUAGAGCCAGAUGCAUUCAAAGGACUUGAUAACCGGAGACUCAAGAGGCUUAAUUUAGGCGGAAAUGAACUUACGAGAAUCCCAACAGAAUCUUUAAAAUCAUUAGAAUUGUUGAAGAAAUUAGAACUGCAAGAAAAUCGCAUAACAAGCAUAGAAGAAGGUGAUUUCGAAGGAUUGAAAGCACUCGAUUCAUUAGGAUUGGCGCACAAUCAUCUCCGCGAAGUCCCGGGGCGUGUAUUCUCUCAUUUGACGCAAUUAAACUCUUUGGAACUCGACGGAAAUCAAAUUACUCAUGUGGAUCCCAAUGCAUUCAUCGGUCUAGAAGAAAAUUUACAAUAUUUACGAUUGGGAGAUAAUAAUUUACAUUCGGUACCGAGCGAUGCUCUACGACGUUUGCAUCGCUUACGUCAUCUUGAUUUGCGGGCAAAUAACAUUACUGCACUUCCGGAGGACGCUUUCACGGGCUACGGAGAUUCCAUCACUUUCCUUAAUCUGCAGAAAAAUAUGAUUAAAACACUUCCGUCUCUGGUAUUCGAUAACCUUAAUUCGCUGGAAACUUUGAAUUUGCAAAACAACAAGCUCUCACAUAUCUCAAAAGACGUCAUAGAAAACAUCGUUGACACUCUACGCCAUAUCGAUAUAACAGAUAAUCCUCUGAUUUGCGACUGCGAUCUACAAUGGUAUUCCAUAUGGCUCGCAAAUCUGCGCGACAAGGACGACGAGAUGAUGUCAAAGAAGCGAACAAUCUGCACAAUGCUCACGGAACAUCGCGAGUACUCGGUGCAGAAUAUUCCGCUCGAGAGAAUGGGUUGCACAGGCAAGAUUGUUAGUAAAUACUCAUCGUCGGCCACCGCCGAACACAAAAUAUUCAUGGACGCGACGAAAUUGUUGUUCGUUUUUAUUGCCGUUCUGGUCUAAGUCCGACGAGACGUCCUGCGAUACUUCGCGAUUGCAAUACCAUCGACUUUUCGUUUCGACGCCGACGGGAUUAACGAUUACGUUUAACAUUAACGUUUGCAUUAAGCGCCGCUACUAUGAUCGCCGCGAAUUACGAUGAGUUUUUCGAUUCGUUAUUCAAAUUCUGCAAAGAAUUUGAUGAGAGAGAGAGAGAGAGAGAGUUUCACGACACGAGAGAUUUUCCUCGUUUAUUUUCCUUCUUUCUUUCUCGAGGUAAUCGUGACGCGAUAGCGGAGACGUGUCACGAUUCCGCGAUAAAUAUUUUUGUCGAUUUAGAGCCAUCCUUUUGUAGAAAAAUUGAAGUGAAACUUUAUCAUUAUACGCGCAAUAAUUUAAAAUACUCAUAGUGAGAUGUGGCUUGCCAUAAAAAUGACGUAAGUGAGCUUCGACGCGAAAAGUUGACGCAUCAUCGACAGAAUGAUAGAUUUUAAUCGGAAUUGGAUAAAUUAGUUGACGAAGAAAGCUUCGAGAACCCAAUAUGCGAACGAAUUAUUACUACGGCUUGAUGUGACGGGAAUGAUUGAUUCCUUCGAAAAACGAUUUUUUUAUUUCCCACGAGGGGCACACGAAGACAGACGUCCGUUUCGUGUACGAAAUGAUAUAUUGGGCAUAUAUAUAUAAAUAUAUAUUGCAAAUCGCGCGUUUCGCUUUUUUUCUAUAUAGCAGAUACGCGUCCAUGCGAUCGCGAUCGCAUAUGGGCAAUCAUAUAUCAUAGCGUGGUAAUUGCGACAAUCGACCUCUCUUGAGAACUGAAUACUUUAUUCUUAAUUCUUCAUUCUUCUGGAUACUUGUCGGAUACAUUUUCGCAAUAAUUGUUUCCCCAUCUCCGGAUUACCGGAGGAUUAUUCGAUGGUUCGAUUCAAUUAACGCGCCAUAUUCUACUAUCUGCGAAAGUCAGUUUGCCGAAACAUUUGGAUUUCAAUCGAAUCGAUACACUUGAAUUUCCUCGGUGCUAUUUCUAAAUUACUCGAGAAGGUACAAGAUGAAUUAGUUUAAUUUCAAUGCUUAAGCAUUGUCCAUAGUGCGCAUCGAAGCAGGUCGAUUUAUUCGUUAUAAAAGCUUGAUUAAGCCCGCGUAAUGUUAACAACUUGCGAAAUAAUAUUAAAAAAUUAAUAGUUGCGAUCAUUUCAGAUCGCAAUAUGUAUCACGAGCAAUCCCUUUCCAAUUAACGAAAUGAUAAUCGCAAACAUCGUUGCACGGCUAGACAAUUUUAAUAUAUAAUAACACGCGGUGCGUAGAAGAUAUACUUGCUAUGAGAGCGGAUUUAUUUCUGAUGAUAUCAUUGUUAUUUAUAGCACACUCAGAUGCUUUACGAUCGAAUCGCGCCCACCGUAAUUGCAAAGUAAAUGAUAAAAUACGCGGCUUUCAUGCUCUUCGAUAAUAUGUCAGAUCUCUAUCAAAAAUAAUAGAUAAUGCAUAUUCUCAAUAGCAAUAUGACGUCACAUCAUUUCGCGCAGCUCGAUAGUACAGGAUCUGAACGAUUGCUAAGAUCGAACGUCGAUCGCGUGCGAUCGACGAGUGGACCGAAGAAUUCUCGCCCGCGAGGAACGCGCGAGGUUUCUUCACCGGAACGUUACAUAUCAGCAUCGUUGCCAAUUAUUUCGUCGUUAUCUGUUAUUAAGCUCGCGGCGCGAGGCGUAGUGUAUUCACUAGCGGAUACGAGUGACGGAAGUCGAUAGCCGUUAGGCGCGAUUUCGCGCCACUCGUCAUAUACAUAUCAAUACGUUCCUGUUGAACAAUAGAGUCGGUGUUGCAAAUAGCCGGCAUUCUCCAUGAUGCUCGCAUACUCCAUAUGUCACGAUCUUCCCGGAAGCUUUGAGAAGCUACUACAUAUUAUUUUUUUAUUUUUUAUCCAAGAAUUUUUUUCACUUUAAUAAAUUUAUAAUUAUUUAAACGGAGAUAUAAUGCUUUUCAUAUUCAUCAUAAAUUAGAAAAUUAAAAAAAAAAAAAAUAUUCAAAUUUCUCGCUUGAAUUGCUUUAAGAUAUAAAUAGUUUGAUUAAAAUGUAUUAAUUUAUGCGUAUUGAUUACAAAAUAAAAUAUAUAUGUUAAUUAAAUAUUGUGGGAGGAUUGAAAGAAAAUAAUUAUGAAAAAAAUGUGGUCGUGAAAUAUAUCCGUCUCUUAUCAACUUUCCUCCUGGAAUGUCCCUACGCGGCAGUCGCUAACAUCUUGAGAUCGUCUCGAUACUUAAUUCGAUUCGCAAAGACCCGACCGCACGAAAUGAGAUAACGACUGUGCUGAUGACACGUAAUACUCCCAACGAUACUCUCAGCAGGAAACCGACACUUGUCAAAGUGUCGGUAGAGCACAAACGCGGUUAUUCAAACGCCUCGUUGCGUCCGCUUUACGACUCGGCUAUUUCGCCGUCGCUAUACGUGUGCGCUAAAAUUGCAUCAUCUUGUAAAAGGAGGCAUCAUCACAUGCGACGCACGUGUUCGCGAGACAAACAAUCACAGGCGUAAUUCCUGACUUGUAUAUAAAAUAUUUAUCUCUUCUAUUUUAAAAUAAUAAUUUAUGCUUAUAUAGCGGAAAGAGAGAUCGUGACAUACGGAAAUAUAAAUACUAUGCGUGCUUCGCUUCGAAAAAUGUUCGGCGGAUGCAUCCGAGGAUGCAUCCAGCGAUGAACGCGUUUCUCAGAGAAGACAUAUAUCGAAACCGAUUGCAUAGAAGAGCGUUGUAGAAUUCAUAGGAACGUAGUGCUGAUCACAGUGCUAAUGCGGAAAGUAAUAUGUGUUUUGCUAUUCGAUAUGUAUAAUAAGCAUAAGAUAGAAUUAAGCCUAAGGCAUUAUUGUAAGAAGAACUUGCCAUAUGGCGGGAUACUAAGGACACCUGUAUGCGUUAUAUUGGCGCAUCCAGCCGAGCUUUUCGAAAGAGAAUUUUAAUGGACGUAGAGGAAAAUUUUAUUUUUUUUUCUUCGUUUCUUUUUAUAAAACUUUAUAAAACAGCUCUUACUUGAUUGCAAUAACAUUUCGCUGCAAAUAUUUUUUUUCAAAAAUGUACUAUUUCUUCGAUAAUCCAAUAAAGAGAUUUUAUAUAAAAAUAAAAUUUUAAGAUUUCAUACAUGAAAAUUUAAGAAAAAAUUGUGAAUUAUUAAAUGCGAUGAUAAUAUGUAACAUGUGACUUUAUAUUUAUCUGGUUCGUAUAUCGCGUGAAUUUUAUUAAACAAUUUUAAGUUUAUAUAACGAGGCUACAUCAAUUUUCCGGAAGAAAUCAUGUGAUCGAUACAGUGCGAUAAUUCGCGAAGAUAUAUUUAAAAAAUAAGAUCUCUUUCGAAUGCGUAGGCAGGAGCGCGUGACAUAUAUCACAUACCACGUACACAUAUCAUUUAUACGCCCAAAUCUACUUGUAAGAUAAACUGAUUAAUUAAGUCGAUUUAAGGCUUGACGAAGCUAUAACGACUAAAGAUCGUAUACAUAUCGUGAACGUACGAGAUUUAAGAGAAUUUAUUUGUUAACAUAUACAUAUAUACAUAUAUGUACGUUAUAUAUAAUAUAUAUAUUAUUAUGCAUUAUUACGAUCAUAAAAGAUAUAUAUUAUAUACCUAUAUCUCUUAUACCAUAUACAUAUAUACGCACUAGAUGUUUUUUCUAAGAAGUUAUAUUGAUAAAGAUAUGAAAUCGCCGGGCAUAUACUGACGUUGUAAAAUUGAUUUACAUUUAAAUCUAUUUAAAUAGAAAUGCUGCAGGUUUAUCAUUUUAUUCCUAUUUCCUUAUGUUUUAUCAUAAAUAUUCUAUAAUACGGAAUAUUUUUUUUUUAAUAUUUAUGUGAUUGUAUGCUACAUUAAAUUUAGAUAAGUUAAAAUAAAAAAUUAAAGAUACGCCAAAUACGAUCCUCUGCAGGCCCUACAUUUAGCUUAGGAUCCGUACGAGGCAUAUCAACAUAUUCAUUAUUCACAUUUCUCAAUUUUUUUUUCAUUUUUUAUAAAUGUAUACAAAUAAUUCAUGGACAUAUGAUUAUUUUAAAAGAUCUGUAUAUAAUUAUGAUUUUAAAAGGGGAUAAAGACGACAGUGUGUGAACGGCAGCAAGUUACAAAAAAAAAAAAAAAGAAAAUUAAUAGACACGAAAGUAAAACUAGCGAAAUAGCAUAAUUAUAUCUGAGUCGGAAGUUUGGUAUAUAUAUACUUUUACUUUUAUUAUAAUAGUUGCAUAAACAAAGCAUUUAAAAUAUAAUGAAAAAAUUUGUUUUUCUAAUUUUUUUUGUAUUAUAUUUCAACCAAUUUAUUAUAUCAGCAAUAUCUUCUUUUUAUCAUACACACAUUUUUAUUUCUCUAUUUUCUAAAUAUAAUUUUUUUGUAACUAAAUUAAUAGAAAGAAGAUACACUAUAGGCGUAGCAAUACUUUUUCACAGAUCCAAAUCCGCUUAAUUUAAAAAAGAUUAAUUCGCCGAAAAACUUCUGGCUUGGCGCGUUAGAAUAUAUCUUUAGGCAACUUUUAGCGAAAACGGGAACGUCUAGUUCGCGUGACUUUAAUCCUUUCGCUGCUGAAUAUCACAAUGCUAUAUACCGUGUAAAAAUGCUCUAGUACUGUACACGAGAAUGCUGUAUUUGCGUAACGCAUAUACAAUCGUUGUGAGAGGCGAAAAAAUCAUCCUCAAAAUCCAAACCGUUCACUGCGUAGACUGUAAAAUGACAUUCGCCUUAUAUACGCUUAUCAGCGAUCGCAGUAUCGAAAGGAUUAUAGACAUCGUCGAACACUGAGCCCGCAGAACCAUAACGAGACAUAUCGCUGAGAGACGGCGCCAGCCUCGUCGGGCGCGCCGUUUAUUAUUACUAAUUAUUAUAAGCGGAUAUUUUUGUACAGCGUCUUACAAUGUGGUCGGAUGGUUGCCGGCUCGCCCGACGGGCGCGCUUGGCCCUUCUAUUUACUUCAUUUAAUAGCGCGUAUACCCUGAAGAGACGCGUAUAUUGCAUACAUGCGCAUCAAACGAUACGUAUAUACAUAUAUAUAUAUAUAUAUAUAUAUAUAUAUAUAUAUAUGUAUAUGUAUAUGCAUGCGCAUGUGUAUGUAUCGGGACGUGUAGACGAAAUUAUCGAUGGUCUUACUCAGGACCUACCCGCGCGUAAGAACGAUAAACGGAGCUUAACUAUUGAUCGAAGGAUAAUAUCUUUGUAACCUCGGUGCUCGCUCACACGUCGCUUCUUCGCACGACUCGAGAAACCUCGUAUCUGUGUUGACACGUACUCAAUACGCAUGUACACGACAUUAUACGAACACGCACUAUAGACAUACGCAGAAAGACGAUGACACGUUAUAAUCUUACCGAGCAUUCCAUCCUCCUCUUCCUCACUGUCUUCUAUUUAAGGAAAAAAAAGAAAAAAAAAAUGAUCAUAAUUCUUACGUAUAUAAGAAGUAAAGUCCGUGUGUGAAAUUAGACAUAUAAAGAAAGAUUAGUUCUCUCUCUUGUCAAUCAAUGUAUGUACACAUACAUUUCUCGGCAUAAAUGCUCCUAGAUGAAGAUACGUAUUACUGUCGUAUACAACACGUACCUAAACGAACACACGUACACAAGACUAAAUCACGCCUAAUGUUAUUAUCGAUGUUACAUAUAUGACACACACAUACACGUACUUCGUCUGUAUAUGUCUAUACAUAAUGUUACAUAUAUAUAUAUUGUCAUGAUGUAACUAUUACGUGAUAUGUAUGUAUUAUGAAGCAUUUCUCCCCUAUCGGCCCGCGACUCGGGCAUCUACUCAAAUUCUAAUGUCUACAUGUCAUUGUUUAUUAUAUCGUUAAUGAUUAUUACGUGUAUAUGUGAAACUUUCAAAUGAAUAAAAUUGACAUAAGCAAA